AUGAGCCAACAACAACCUCCGUUCCAAGGCGGCCAGCAUACCGUCCUGCAGCCAAAUACCCACCUCAACAUCAAGGGUACCCCCCACAAGGCAAUCCUCCGCAGCAAGGGUAUCCCAUCCCAUCCCCCCACCCAACUGCAAUAUCCGCCGCAGCAACAGUCGGGCGUGGCGUAUGCUCAGCCGGGUCAGUACGGCCAACAGCCCAUGUAUAUCCAACAGCCUGGCGUGUACGUCGGAGGCCAAGGCGGCCACAUCAAAGUGAACAAACACGGCAAGGUCAAGUACAAGGGUCAAUCUUACAAAUAUUAA